AGGAGAAGCAGCUGCUGCCUGAGAGCCCCCUUACUUGAGCUGCCACCCCAGGAGACCGAAGUCACAGCAGCCCUGCUUAAGCCGAGGCUACCACCAAGGAAUAGUGCACUCAGCCGCGAGGUCAUGAAGAAGCGACUCCUCCGCUCUUAGAGGAAGGCGACCGUGCCCAGCCCAGCAGAGCACUCUUGGAGACUGCCUGGACGUGGAACAGCCAGUGCCAGAGCAGGGUGGCGUGCAGGGAAAGCCAAGUGGGGACGGGGGAGAUGUGAGAAGAGAAUGGACAUGGCUCCUCCCUGCUGGACCUCCAACUCCCCCCUCGGUCUUCGACUCCUCUCAGAUAAGGUCUUGUCUAGCACCAUUUGGAAAUCUGAUGCCCUCCGCUCGGCUGCACAGGCAGGUCCUCUGUUGCCCUCAGAAAUCCUUGCUCUGAGAGAACACACCGCCACUUCUGCUCCUGGGAUAAAGUCUCGUCGGAGACAGAGAGGGGCUUCUGAGGGCCGGCCGACUUCAGACCCUAGCCGGAGCUGAGCCCAGCCACAGCAUGCAGGUGUCCUUCGUGUGCUCGGAGCACAGCCUCAAGACCCGGGGCCCUGAGGAUCGUCUGGGCCGCUCGGCUGCCGGCAGCCCCAGCCCAGGCACCCGGGGACGCUUCCGGGCCGUGGCCAUGGUAGCGCGGAGCCUGGGGCAGCUGUCCGUGCAGAGUGCUCCAAGCAGCAGCGACACCAGCGUGAAGCAGCCAGGGAUGAGACAUAGGAACCUAGGCAAAUCCGGCCUCCGGGUGUCCUGCCUGGGGCUUGGAACGUGGGUGACCUUCGGGGGCCAGAUCACCGAUGAGAUGGCAGAGCACCUCAUGACCCUGGCCUAUGACAAUGGCAUCAACCUCUUCGACACCGCAGAAGUCUAUGCAGCUGGCAAGGCUGAAGUGGUAUUAGGAAACAUCAUUAAGAAGAAGGGAUGGAGGCGGUCCAGCCUUGUCAUCACCACCAAGAUCUUCUGGGGUGGAAAAGCGGAGACAGAGAGGGGCCUUUCCCGGAAGCACAUAAUUGAAGGACUGAAGGCCUCCCUCGAGCGGCUGCAGCUGGAGUACGUGGAUGUGGUUUUUGCCAACCGCCCAGACCCUAACACACCCAUGGAAGGGGACCCAUUUAGUUCCUUCAAGCCAAGGACAUUCAUCAUUGAAGAGACCGUGCGGGCCAUGACCCACGUCAUCAACCAGGGCAUGGCCAUGUACUGGGGCACGUCGCGCUGGAGCUCCAUGGAGAUCAUGGAGGCCUACUCGGUGGCCCGGCAGUUCAACCUGAUCCCGCCCAUUUGUGAGCAAGCCGAGUACCACAUGUUCCAGAGAGAGAAGGUGGAGGUCCAGCUUCCAGAGCUGUUCCACAAGAUAGGAGUAGGUGCCAUGACCUGGUCGCCCCUGGCCUGCGGCAUUGUCUCAGGAAAGUACGACAGCGGCAUCCCGCCCUACUCCAGAGCCUCCCUGAAGGGCUACCAGUGGCUGAAGGACAAGAUCCUGAGUGAAGAGGGCCGACGGCAGCAGGCCAAGCUGAAGGAACUGCAGGCCAUCGCCGAGCGCCUCGGCUGCACGCUGCCCCAGCUGGCCAUAGCCUGGUGCCUGAGGAACGAGGGUGUCAGCUCUGUGCUUCUGGGUGCUUCCAAUGCAGAGCAACUUAUGGAAAACAUUGGAGCAAUACAGGUCCUUCCAAAACUGUCGUCUUCCAUCGUCCACGAGAUCGAUAGCAUUCUGGGCAAUAAACCCUACAGCAAAAAGGACUAUAGAUCCUAGGCUGCCCCCGCCACCUGCUCGGACCGUUUCCGGUUCCCUCCUCGCCUCUGUUCGCUCGCUUCUGCUGUUUCAAAGCCAAGUGCAGAGUGUGGCUCAUGUCCAAGGGAAAAACACUAUGCUGCCACCGGAAACUCAUCUCCAGAGUCACCUGCCGCUUCCUCGCCGGAUGCUAUCUGAUGGGUGCCAGGAGAUGGCAUCAAUUAGGGGGACAUCCAAAGGCUCCCACCCAAGCCUGCCGCCUCUGCUUACCCUUCAAGAAGAAACGCACCCCCGGCCAUGGCCCUUCACGGAGAUUCUAGACGCCACGGUCCAGUGGAGACGUAGUCCUCUGAGCAGGCAGGGGCCCAGGAACCCUUGCCUCAGAAGAGGGGUGUGCCACCUCCCAGCACCCCUUCUGCCAGAGUCCUUGGUGGUUAGAGCAGGGCCCCACCUCUUCCCAUGGACACCAGGCACUUUGUUCAGGGCUGGUGUGGGAUCCCACUCUUCCAAGACCUUGACCUGCCCCACGUGCUCACUGGGCCAUGGCUGGGAUUAGCCUAGCUAGCUGGCCCUUGCCCCCCCCUUACCCUUGCUGGCAGGGGCAGGGAUCCCAGCCGCCUUCCCCAGCGCCUUCCAGUCUUCCACCUCCACUCCCCUCCCACCCUGCCACCCCCUCCCACGUGCAGCUGCUGAGCCCCACAGCAGGGAAGCUCCAAGUGUGCCAGCUGGCCGCAGAGCAGGCAGGCGGCAGCAGGCUCAGCCCAUGCUCACAAGUCCACGUUCCCUUACAGCCCUUCCUCUGAUACCUCUGAUGUACUGGGGCAGUGGGCUGAUGACUCGGGCUCUGCACUUAGGGCUUCUCAGUAAGGGAGCUCCCUGGGCUUUCCGUUGUCACGAGCUAAGGGACGGGAGGAAAAACAGCUCCAGGAACGUUGUACGGAAAGAUCCCCAGGGACCUCUCCCUGGAAAAAUGGCUAGGACUACCCACUCUCUUCUGCACACCCUCAUGCUGGCCCAGAACAGGCUGGGAAGAUGGAGAAAGGGCAGGAUGGGCAGCCCCUUAUUGGUGGGAGCCAGGUGGAUGGUGGGGCCAGAAAGCCUGCAGGUUUGGCAGUGCCUGGUGCCUGGAGGCCCAGUCUCAGGGUCCCGUGAUGCUUUGGAGACAGGUCCUGCUCACGCGUGCCAGCUGGCUCCCCAGGAGCCUCCUGCCCUGGACAGGCAGUGGCCGGUUCCCAAGCACAAGUCCUGCAGGCACAGCACCUGGCCUCUGUGGCUUCUGCUCCAAGGUUCCUCCCUGCUGCUGUUGUCCAGCCAAGGCUGGACAGACAUCGAGACAGAAGUAGGGAGUGUGGAGAGGAGACAGGAAGAAAGGCAGGCAGGGUGGGCAGCUUCCUCUCUCACACACAACCCCCCUCUGCAGACCCUGAGCUCCCAACCUUCACCACUGCUCAUAGCCCCGAACCCUGAGAGCUCAGAAGCAGCCCUGUUGGUGUGGGAUGGCGGCCACUAGGUUCUGGCCCCUCCAUGCCUGGCUAGAGGGGCCUGCUUCUGGAACAGGGCCCUUGCAGUGCUCCAGUGGGAAGUAGCCAGACCUGACCACACAACUGGCCCUGGCGCUGCUUGCUAUGAGCGCCAAGCACGCAGGGGUGCCUACACUAGGAGCUGCUGCAGCCUGGUGCCAGAGCUAAGCUCUUUCUGGGUGUGUGCAAAAGACAGAAAAACAGGCUGCAGUGUGAACUGGGCUGAGGCCCACAUGAGCCCUACAGGCAGACAGCCUCCUGGAUGGCAUGUCAACUGAGUGUUUCUGAGCAGUUUUCUUCCAUUUCCACGUUUGAGGCAUCAGGGCUUUGCUUCUUAAGGCAGGAUCACGCGCCUCUGUGGAGGGGCAUGGAGUAGGAGGGGCUUGGGAGGCCACAGGAGUAGAUCGAGUGUAGACAGCCUAUAAAUGGGAGCUUGGCCCUGACCCUCCAAAGGUCUAAGGCCACUCCUUCCUCCACGGCCACAGACCUCACCUUUCUCUAGCCCCAGCUGACUGCUGGUCAGCCCCAAGCCAGCCUCCAGCACACCUCCUCACCUUGAAGCAGUCUGCCAGGCCUGGUGCAGGAGGAGGGCUGUGGGGAGCAGCCAGAGCGGGGGUGGGGGCUCUGGGCAUGGGGCCCUGCCCAGACCCAAGGCCAAGGUCUUGAGGCACAGCAGGGCUCCUGGUGCCCUGCUCUUGUCAGCCGUGUACAUAAUGUGCUUUCUCUCCCCACUUUUUUAACGUGCGUGGCUCCUUGCUAACUGCACCCCACCAGGCCGACCGCCAGCGCCUCCAGCUUCCUGACAGACUCAGACCAAGGGGCAGCCCAUAUUUAUGGAAUGACAAAUAAAACCCAAGCCCUUCAGUCUGCA